GAGGUUUUGUGCCUGAAAAUUGCAGACAUAUUGUGAUACAGUGACUGAAAUCCAGUGAGAUUUAGACCAGCACGUUUUACAUGCAGUCGUUUUAUGUAUGUUAACAUCAUCAUCCCACUUAAAAGCAUACAGUGCCUUUAGUAAUAAACGGUGAUAACAAGUAGCUGCAAAGGAUGACAUAUGGACAGUGUUUCCUUCUUUCCAAAGGAUUACUACGACAACCGAUUUUACCUGAACAUCUUUUAAAUAAAUCAAAAUUGUUACUUUUAAAUUAUUCUAUUUUGAUAUUUAGGUCUGGAUAUGAAGUAUUGUAGCUGCAGUGUGACAAAAUGUUACUUUUAUUCAUCAUUAGUAGACAGCUUGAUUAGCAAGCAGAAACAAGCUGCCUUUUGUUGCCUUGUUUUCAAGAUGUUGAAAAGUGCAAACAGCUGUUGAGCAUUUGAGCAUUUCAAUACUUUACAUCAAGAGAGGCCUAACUGAGGCAAGAGUCAGUCUCUUAUCACUAAUAAUGCCGAUCCCUUUUAAUAAGAAGAGAGCUUUUGUUUUGAACAGGAAACAAACAACCAGAGUGGUCAAUGUUAAGAGGUAUAUUAGCAUUUUAGUUACACUUUAUAUUUAUGCAAAUAAAUUAGUGGGACAUGAUUGCAUAACCUUUCUGUAGAGAAGAGCAUAAAUUCGCUUUUUCUUCCUGUGUAAAUAAAUAAGUUGUCUGUUCUCAUAAGUUACCUGAUUUGUUCUGACCUUAUCAUCUUGUUAAUGAAUACUCCUAAUUAUAUUUAGUAAUAACUAAUAAUACUAAGCCAUGACUCUGUGCUACCUGCAGGUUCUCUAGCAAUGCAUUGAAAUAACCCAUUCAUUCCAGAGCUCCAUUGAGAUGGCCUGAAGCAAUUAGCUCCACUAAGACCAACUCAUUAGGAGGCAUGCGCUGAAUGAGCUCUGCUCACUGCAGCUAAUCAAUAUUAAUGAUGGAUUAUUUACAAUUAACAAUGGGCCUUUAAUGGCCCCAUAAUUGUUUGUUUUGCUCCAACAUGGAGAGGUGAGAAUUGCAGGUAGAAUGUAAAGAUUAGUCAGAGGUGGGCUAAAUGUGUUCUCAAUUACUCUAGCCUGAAAGUCUAUAGAUACUAUUCAAUGCUGUUCAGAGGAGGCAACACCUCUCAGGCUACUUUGCGAGCUCAGGCUACUUUAGCUAUUUAGGCCAUACUUUAUAUUUGUUAGAAUACCUCAAGCUAAACGAGUGGAAAAGAACUAGGCCGAAGUGCUUAUAAGUUGAAAACAUUCAUCAGAUAGAAUGUUAUGAUUCAUUGUGCCUGUUUUAUAUAUAUAUAAUUGCUAGUGCAGCAGAAAUCAAAUGAUCUCUCAUCAAAGAAAAUGAGCACAGGUCAUGGCAAGACUCUGCAACAUAGCCAUGUUUUACUAGCCCAUUUGAACCUGAAACCCCCCUCAGGGCCUGCAAGUAACUGGGCCAUUGCUGGGACCAGGUGUGUAGGGGCUGAAUUUAUGACCUUUCCUGCUGAGUGCAACAUUUGGGUUGAACCAGCGCCCAUGCACCCCACCCCCUCUACGCACACAAACAGACGAUUGUGAUUGGCUCUUGGUAGGUUUCUGAUCACACCUUUCUCGCACCUUCAGGGAGCACCCUGCAAUUUAAGAGGGGUCUGUUGCCUUUUGUGUUUUCUCCUUUGUACAUUUCUUUAGCCCUCUUUCUUGUCCGGGCAGCAAAUACCGACAGACGUCUCUCUGCUCUGUUUAUAGGGUGAGUUUAGGUUGGAAGAGUGAAGGCAGAUAAGCUGCUUUACCUUAGCUUGCAGGAAUCCUCUGGCCAACUUUUAACACCAGUGCUCUGGGACUUGCAGGCCUACAGCCUGCUAAGGAUCACUCAUCUCUGUCAAGAGUUUGUCUGACAGACUGUGUUCUGCUGGAGAUGAAAGGCUCUCUUGCUGUUUGAGUUGCAGGGAGGAUCUCCAAAUCACUUCUCACUUGAGUAAAAAGGAGCCAUCUUGUUUGUCAACAAGCGUAACCAAGGGAACAGAGAAUGCUGUGUUUGACAGCAAUGCUAACACUGCUGCUGGCUUGCCUCUCUGAGCCUCUUCCAUUGGAGCACCUCAGGCACUUAGACUGGCAGCGCGGCAUGAGGCCAGGUGAACGGUGCCCGAAAAAGUGCCAGCCCGAGCUGUGUCCGGACGCCAGGCUGCUCCAGAGCUGUGUGUCGGGUCAGGUCCGUGACCCGUGUGGGUGUUGUUGGGAAUGUGGGAAUGGAGAGGGUCAGCUGUGUGACCCCGAACCCUGGACCGGGUCCACUUUCUUUGGGCGCUGCGCUGAGGGACUCCGCUGUAAAGCCCCAAGGAGGGACCCCUCAAUGAAAGAAGAGCCCAAGCCAGUGUGCGUGUGCACCAAGCAAGAGAUGCUGUGCAGCUCGGAUGGGAAGACAUAUGAAAACGUGUGCCAACUGCGGGCAGCCCAGCGCAGGCUAGGUGAGCGCCAGAAGGUUACUGUGGCGCAUCAUGGACCCUGCAAAGCAAAACCAAUCAUCACCUAUGCCCCACGUGACAUUAUCACUCUGGAGGGAAGUGAUGUCCUCCUUUCCUGUGAGGUUUCAUCGUACCCACUGGCAUCCAUACAGUGGAGGAAAGAGGGGGACAGCGUCUUCCUUACUGCUGAUGAUUCCAGCAGAGCCAUACAGGCACGCGGAGGCCCGCGGCGCUUUGAGCUCACCGGCUGGCUCCAGAUCCACGGGGUCGGCCCUGACGAUGCAGGGGUGUACACAUGCGCCGCCAGGAACGCCUUCGGUGAGGUGUCUGCCUCCGCUCGAUUACGGGUUAUGCACAGAGGAUCUCCGCAAAACAGAGAGAUUCCCAAAAGGAAAAAUGAAGCCCACAACACAUCCUUCAAUGAUGCUGAAAGUGAAGAUGAUGAAGAUUAUGAGGGGCAACCAAGUGGUUAUAUGUAUUUGUAAGAUGUUGUGAUGAUCAUACAGCAAAUCCAUUUAACAAAGUUUUGUCAUAAUUUUAGGCCUGUCUGAAAAAUAGACUCUUUAUAGCAUAAUUUUUAAACACUUUUAUAACAUUUGAUGUCUUACUUGAGUAAGUACCUAUUAUUUGAGCACUGUAAAUAAAUACUUAUUAUAUGUUUCUAUACUCAUUUUCUUCAACUUGAUUUUAUUUAUACAAAUGAUUCCUAGUUAUAAUCAUGUAAAAACAUAAGGUGUGAAACGCUGUCUCAAUUUCAUAUUUUGCUAAAAUAUGCUAAAACAAACCAGAACCAGACUUCUGUGGUUUGACAUUCGUCAUCAGUUGUGGCAAUUAAGUGGCUUUGGUAGUAGUGAGCUACAGUUUGAGUACCGAGUGUUAUGAUGUAACAGUGUUGAAAAACGGCAUUAGACUUACUUUCAUGCAACUAGUGAAACAAGAUGGGGCAUUAGCUUGCAUAUAGCAUAUGUUUUUCCACUUACCUUAGAUGUAGUUGAUCAGCCACGACAGUUUUGGUGUCCAAAUUUAGCUUUCUUAGUUCAGCGCUGCAGCUACAGAACUAACGUUGUCAAAAAAUGCUGGAAAUCAAUAGUCACCCAAAUCUUUUCUGUAGAUACCAAAACUUCUCUCAACCCACUUAACCUAUGUACAGCUGUUCUUUAAGGUUGCGUGAUUUCCGUUUUUUUCUGUUUUUUCUAUUUUUCUAAACAUGGAUAGAUUUAUGCAAAAGUUGGGGCACCCCUUUCAAAAAGGUUUUGUAGAUUUUGUAGAGUGAAAUUAAGUUAAAACAUCCUCUACAGAGAACAUAUAACUGCGCAUUUAAAUGCACAAUUCCUGUUUCUUAGCUAACCUUAAGAUAUAGAUGAAAAAAAGAAAGUGGCCGGUGCAAAAGUUAUGGCACAAUUAAUAUUUUGUGUUCGCUUAUUUUUACUUAUACAAUUAACAAAACAUGUAAUUUGACCAGGGCUUCAAACUGUUGCAUAUGAUUAUAUGUUCAGCAUGCCAUCAUCUUAUUCUUGUACAGUUUCCUUCAUCCUGUAUUAAUCAUUAGCUCCAUAAUUCAUAUAAACUCUUUUAUGACAGUU